CAUUAGGAAUUAAAUGCACCAUAUUAAUUAUUUAUUUUUUUCAAAUUAAAAUCUAUAAUAAAUACAUUAUCUCUCUCUAUAUCUGAUUUUUCCUUUUUCAGCAACCUUCGACCGCCACACUUCUCCGGUAAAAAUCUCAUCGGCAGACUCCCUCCGACCACCUGCAAAAAAAUAUCACUGCACUGAUACGUUGUACCACUGCACUGGUAGUUAUACCACUGCACUGGUAGUUAUACCACUGCACUGGUAGCGAUAUCAGUGCAUUGGUACCAAUGUCAUAUCUGAGUAUCUGUGCAGUGGUAAAAAUACCAAUACAGUGGUACAACAUAUCAGUGCAGUGGUAUAUUUUCGCAAGUGACAGGAGAGAGUCUGUCGGCGGGAUUUUACUGGCGAAGUGUGGUGGUCGGGGGAAACUUGGUGGUCGGAGACUGCUGGAAAAGGAAGAAUGUGGUGUAUUUAAAAAAAAUAAGUAAUUAAUGUGGUGUAUUUAAUGCUUACUUUGUAUUUAAUAACAGAACAUUUAUUAUGUCUACCUUCAUUAAUACUUGUCAAUAAUUAAUGCAAAAAUUGAUCAAUUGAAAAGUGGGUGUCAAAAAGCCAACCCUUUGAAAUAAAUAAAGUUUCUCAUCAAAUAGUGGCGAGUUCAAAAUCGGUGCUGAGAGUAAUUAAUUUCAUCGGGAAUGGCUCUGAAUUCUCUCGAGGCUCUGCCGGCAACCGACCUGAAUCCCUCAGGCAGACCGCCCGACACCAGUCAUCCCUCGACGGGAAGUAACGAAACGGAGAUGAUAGCCACCCCCUGCAGUAACCCCCAAGAUCUCUCUUCUAUAGUGAACGAUACAGAGAUGGUUGUGGAUCCGGCUCCACAGAAGGAUAGCCCGACCCUUUCGACAACAAUCAUGUCGUUAUCAUAUGCGAACGUGGUGGCCGGAGCUAGCAAUGAAGCUCUCCAAAAGAAUGAUACUUGGACGCCCGUCGGAGAACACGAUUUGAUAACUGGGAGUUUCAACGGGGAGCCUGAAUUGAAGAUUUCAAAAGGUUUCAAAGAGAAACUUUGUGUUUCCUGGCAACGUACACUAGUGGUCCGAGUGCUGAGUUUGAACAUAUCCUUCUUGACCUUCAGCAACAAGAUUAGAAAUCUAUGGAGGCCGACAGGGGGGAUGGAGAUCAUGGCUCUGGGGCAGGAGUGCUUUCUGAUCAAGCUCAGCAAUGAUGCUGACUAUUUUCGAGCACUCACAGAAGGCCCUUGGGUGAUUUUUGACCAUUAUUUAGUUUUUUUUCAGUGGACACCGGAGUUUCGUCUGACAGAUGCUUUACCGAGAUCGAUGGUGGUGUGGAUACAAUUCCCAGCCUUCCCGGUGCACUUCUAUCACAAGGAGAUUCUCUUCACACUUGGAAAUAUGGUGGGCAGGGCAAUCAAGCUAGAUUUCCACACCCAACACCAACAGCGAGCGAAAUUUGCCCGGAUGGCCGUGGAGCUUGAUCUCUCUAAGCCGCUGGUUACGCGGAUCCGGCUGGACGGAAAAUGGCAAUAUAUAGAGUAUGAGAACUUACCAACAUGCUGCUUUGAGUGUGGUAAGAUUGGGCACACUUCAGUAUCAUGUUCUACGCUAGCGGAGAAAAGUUCACAGCCGGUCGCCGGGGAGAUGGUCAGCGCUCAGAGAAACGCGACGGCGACGCCGCCGGAAGACCGAACAGGCUUUGGGCCGUGGAUGCAGGUCACGCGGCGAUCACGGAGGGGGACACGCGCGGUGGAAAAAGGAAACGCUAGUGAAAUCCCUGGAGAAUCAGGAAGUAAUGGCAAGGACGGGAAAGGAAAGGUUUUGCAGAAAAACAAGGAAAGCCUCGUAGAACAAAAAAAGGAAAUAAACCAGAGGAAGGAGACGGGCAAGAAUGGGGCGUAGGAAAAGGGAAAGACAGCUGGAACAAGUAAUCGCAACAGGAAAGAGAAAGGAGAAAAAAGAAGUGGCUGGGUCGGCCACAGGGGGUAAAGGGAUUCUUGGACCCAUCCCGACUACUAGAGUAAGCCCAAGCAAAGGAGUAACACUUGGUAAUCUCUAUGAGGCCGGCCCGUCUUUCGUUGGAAGUGGGCCUGCUGGGACCAAGCACGAGGCAAAAAUAGUGUCGGUCCCCUCUGUUGCGACCAAAGCCCAGAAGACGGCAGGCCCAGUGGUUACCUCUAUUCAGAUAGUGGAGGUCCCAACUAUCGAUCAACAGAAGGAAAUCGAAGCGGCCAGCAGUGCUCCGUCGGCGGCCAAUGUAGUCAAAAUCCUGAUUUUAAUCUUAAAAUCUUACGAUUUUACGAUCUUACCUAUGGGUUCCGAUCAUGAUUUUAUUGUAAAAUCUUUGAACCUUAAAAUCCCAUAAAAUCCCGAUUUAAAACUCUAAAAUCCUUAAAAUCUACGAUUUCUACAAUUUUGUACGAUUUCAAGGUUCACAUCAAUUGGAGCAAAAUGAGGCUGGUCAAGUCCGGUUCUGUCCAUAAACCAAGUCAAGUUUACUUCUCACGACCCAACAUAAUGAACAACGCAACCCUAACCCAAUAGACAACACUCAAUUUAUUUUCAUUCUCUUCCUCAUAUCUUCCUCUUUAUCACGUCGACGCUCAACUCCUUCCUUCAACGAUAUCUUCCACUCUCCCAAUUAGCUUGUAGCUUUUUCCCACCACCCUCACAAAAAUCCAAAUCUCCAUUCCAUUGCAAUCUUUCGUUCAUCUCUCAAUCCUUCAGCAUCACUAUCCCCGACCUUUUAUCAAUUAAGAAGGGAAUGCACCAAUCAAUGAGUUAUCUUUGUGAUCAAGGAAAUAUGGUUAAUGGUGAAAGUAUUUCAAGUGAUCUUAAGAGUAAUUAUAUUAGUCCUUAAGAAAAUAGACAAGGAUGAGAGUUAGAAUGAGAGUGAGGGUGAGGGUGAGGAUGAUGAUGAUGAUGAUGAUGUGUAAGUGAUAUUAAUGUUGAUCCCUAACGAUCUUAUGUAAUUUUCUACUCUUAACUAUUAAUUAAGUAAUUUCAUUGGG